ACUGCAUUGCUUGUGUCAGUCUAACGCGAGAGUUCGACGCCAGAGCCUGCGCCAUAGUUUUCGCUAGAGUAUUUGCCAGGGUGUUUACGAGUAAGAGUUUCGCCGAUCUCAGGCCGAGAACAAGUGUCAAGCUGCGCUAACGGCGACCAGCGUCGCAGGAAACACAUAGAGCUAGUUGAGUUGGUUAGGGACUAAAGGCGCCUGUCCCCUGGAAAGAUCGAGACAUCACUGACGCUGCGAGGAACCCUUUAGGAUCUACCGCAGCGGGACAGGCGUAUCCCCAUACUUCGGGCUUUUAAAGAGGGAUCGAGAUGAAGAGAACCUUGAGUGGGCAUUGUGUUAAGGGUCAAACGGACGAUGACAAGACCAAGAUGCAACAGGGGGCCACGGCACCAUCCGGACCAGCAGGUUCCCAACAACAAGGUGCACACAUCGAAUCCAUCCGCAAUGUUAGCGGUUCUUUCAACCCUAUCAGUGUUGGUAGUAAAGUCGCCUUCACUGUCAAUGAAGCAGCUGCACCGUCAGAGAGGGCAGGUACAGUUUCACAAGAACCACAGUCUGGGAAUCCCACUGCAGGUACAGCCUCACCAAAUCCUCUGUCUGGAAAUCCCACUGCAGAUUCACAACAACAGGGUGCAUACAUCGGAUCCAUCGACCGUGUUGACGGUUCUUACAACCCUAUCAGUGUUGGUAGUCAAGUCACCCUCACUAUCAAUAAAGCAGCUGCGCCGCCAGAGAGGGCAGGUGCUUUGAAUGCUGCCCAAAUUGCAGAUGACUUGUCUGCAGUGGAGCCCGACUCUAAAGGUUCUUAUGCAGCUCAUAAGAUGAAGACAUCUGGACCCACGCCGGAUAUGCUGGAUCCAAAACUUACUUAUGAGGUAAAGUCGAAGUGCAAAGGACUUGCAUUCAUUCUAAACAACAUCGAUUUCAACCGAAACAGUCGGCGGGAAGGCUCACAGAUUGAUACGGCAAAUAUGGAACAUCUCUUUAAAGAACUUGGAUACACACCAAGUUGCCACAAGAAUCUUAAAGGAGAGGAUAUCACCAAGUUUUUCAAGGACUUCGCCUCCGAGUUCAAUCACACUCACGACUCAGCCGUGAUAGCAUUGAUGAGCCACGGCGAUACAGGAGUCAUUUACGGCACUGAUGACGUUCAGGUGAAACUGGGAGAUUUGCAGCGGGAGCUGGAACCCCAUAAAUGUCCGGGGCUGGAUGGGAAACCCAAGAUGUUCUUCGUGCAGGCGUGCAGGGGAAAAUUUGUUACCACACUACCUGUAAGUCAUGACGGGCCUAACACUGCGUCUGGUGCCCAAGAAUCUAACCAACUUGAAGAGUUAGUCCCGGUACAACUAGACACCUUCAUUGCAGAUAUUGGGAACCCCGCGGAUGUACACUUCGCUUAUGCAACAACGGACGGUUAUCUUUCUCUGCGAAAUACGGUCAGUGGUUCUUUCUUCGUUCAAGCUUUAUGUGAGAUCUUCUUCGAUCGAGCCCAUCUGGACAAUCUAGAUACACUGAUGAAUAAGGUGAGAAAUUGUGCUCUAGAAUGGAUGCAUGAUGAGGAGUGGGACUCGGGUAGGGAUGGUGACAGAGAUGCCACGGCGCUGCUUAGUCGCGUUAGCAGUGGUCCUGUUGCGAGAAUGGCGCCUCAGGUGUAG